AGACAUGUGUCAGCAAGUCCAACAGCCUCGUACUCGAUCGCUUUCCUUUUUCAGAUCACCUUACUCAGGCAGGCUUUCCAUUUCCCAUCUCAAUGGCAUUUAAUUCCAAAGUUUAAUAAUACAAAAUAGUUCUACAUAUUAGCUAUGUCGUCUCCAGAGAAUACAAAAAGGGCUUUCCGCAACAAAGAUAAGGAGGAUAAACAAGAUGAAGAAAAGGGUGGAUUUGUUGAGAAAGUUAAGGACUUGAUCGAAGAUGUUGGUGAGAAAAUUGAGGAAAAAAUAGGAUUUUGGAAACCAACUGCAGAUGUCACUGCAGUUCACAUUCCUCAUAUCAAUCUUAAAAAGGCUGAAUUAGUAGCUCAUGUGUUAGUGAAGAAUCCAAACCCCAUUCCAAUCCCUCUCAUUGACAUAAAUUACUUGAUCGAGAGUGAUGGAAGGAAACUGAUUUCUGGAUUGAUCCCUGAUGCUGGAACAAUCCAUUCACAUGGUUCUGAAACUGUCAAAAUACCCGUUAAUUUGAUUUAUGAUGACAUAAAAAGCACGUAUCGUGAUAUAAAGCCCGGAAGCAUCAUUCCCUAUAGGAUCAAGGUAGACCUCAUAGUUGAUGUACCUGUUUUUGGCAGGCUGACUCUGCCUCUUGAGAAAACUGGCGAGAUUCCUGUACCUUACAAGCCGGAUAUUGAUCUUGAGAAAAUCCAUUUUGAGAAAUUCUCUUUCGAAGAAACUGUUGCUGUUCUUAAACUGAAGUUAGAAAACAAGAAUGACUUUGACCUGGCGAUUAAUGGACUUGAUUAUGAUGUUUGGCUAUCGGAUGUCAAUAUUGGUGGUGCAGAGCUUGAGAAAUAUACUAAAAUUGGAAAAAAUGGUAUUAGCUACAUGGAUCUUCCUAUUACCUUCAGGCCAAAGGACUUUGGGUCUGCUCUUUGGGACAUGAUGAGAGGAAGAGGUACUGGCUACAGUAUGAAAGGUCAUGUUAAUGUGGACACGCCAUUUGGAGCAAUGAAGUUACCUAUCAGCAAGGAGGGCGGGACAACUCGUCUCAAGAAGAACAAAGAAGAUAGUGGAGAUGAAGAUGAGGAUUAACUGAAGUUGCAAGAGACAAAUUAACUGGCGGGCAACCUUUUUUGGUCCGAUCCAAAUUAAUUUGCUAGAAAGGAGACCCCUGGAGUUAUAUAUCUGUAACUUACUCCAUAUGAAUUCAUAUUUUGCUAGUUGGUUCACAUAUAUAACUAAUCAUUCACUCUUAUCUUUUGUCAUAAAAACAACAACUCAAAGAUAAAUAUAUGCCAUCUAUUCUGAAAGGAAAUCUGUCGGGUUAGGCUCUGCACUGUGUAUUUGAUUACAUAAAGUUUAUUGUCUAGCAUUGUCUUUC